AUGUGAUACUUCCUGCGGAAGUAAACAACAUGGCGCUAGCAGCGCUAGCAGCGCUAGCAGCGCUCGAUCAUUAGCUCAGACUGAUGGAUACCGGCUGGAAACCCAAAUCAUCUCCGAACCUCCGGGUUGGGUUUUCUGAUCCAGGCUUUGUUGAGGCUUCGACACGUUGCUGAGAUUUGCCACAAAAUUAUGUUUAUUAUUAAGCCAGAUGUUCUUGCUCUGCAUUUUAUCCUCAACCAUCAAGAGAUUUCUGUUCUUGACCAGAGGGGAACCAAAUCACCAAAACCCAAAAGAGAAGAGGAAGAGGAACCUGAACGUAUACAAGUAAAAGAAGAAGAGUAUGAAUCAGAACCUCAGCAGUUUGUAAAGAAAGAAGAAAUGGAAACUCCAAUUGAAACAGAUUCUGGAUCUCUUGAAAUAAAAGGGGAACCAGUAGAACUACAACUGAUACAAAUGAAGGAUGAUGAUCGCCUGUCAGAAUCUCAGCAGGUGGUAAAGGUUGAGGUAGAAGGCAUCAGUCUGGAUGGAAACCAGGACGUAACACAGCAGGAGACGGAUACUGUAAAGGGAACUGAUACUAAAUCUCCAGAACUCAAACAGAAACCAGCUGAACUAGAACCUAACCAAGUGAAAGCAGAGGAUCGUGGAUCAGGACCUGAGCUGAUGGGAGAGAAAGAGGCUGAAGGCAUCAGUCAGGAUGAAAACCAGGAAGUACUGAAGCAAAACGUUGAUGCAAAGACUCACAAGGCAUCAGAUUCCAGCAGAGAUGAUCAGCAGCAGAAGAGACAAUGUCAAAGUGACAAUGUAGAGAGAGGAAUGAAAGGCAAGAAAAUACACAAAGGUAAAAUGUCCAAGCAGUGUAAAGUGUGUGGGAAAAUUUUCAAAUGUAUCAGCGAUUUAACUAUUCACAAAAGAAUUCAUGUAGCUGAGAAGCCUUUCUCAUGUGUAACUUGUGGAAAAAAAUUCAGCCAAAAAGGCAAUAUGAUUAGUCACAUGAGAACUCACUCAGGUGAGAGACCUUUCUCAUGUGAAACAUGUGGGAAAGGUUUCAGUCAAAAAGGUAGUUUGAGUAACCACAUGAUGAUUCACAAAGUAGAGAAGCCAUUCUCAUGUAUAACCUGUGGGAAAGGAUUCAAUCAAAGGAGUCAUUUGACAAGCCACAUGAGAACUCAUACAGGUGAGAAGCCUUUCUCAUGUGAAACCUGUGGAAAAGGUUUUAUUGAAAAAACUAAUCUGCUUAAGCACAUGAGAACGCACACAGGUGAGAAACCUUUCUCAUGUGAAGCUUGUGGAAAAUGUUUCAGUCAAAAAAAUAUUUUGAAAGGCCACAUGAGAACACACACAGGUGAGAAACCUUUCUCAUGUGGAACCUGUGGAAAGUGUUUUAGGCACAAACAUAGCUUGGAUGUACAUAUGAGAAUUCACACAGGUGAGAAACCUUUCUCAUGUGGAACCUGUGGAAAAGGUUUCAGCCAUAAAAGUAGUUUGAAUUACCAUGUCAGAAUUAACACAAACUAGAAGCCUUUCCUCUGUCAUAUCUGUGGUAAUCAUGUCUGUUGUAGCUGUUUCCUUUUUUUCUGACUGUUUUUUGACAAUUUGUAAAAGUUUUCUAAAUCAGAUCUGAAGCCCUGUGUUGUUCUGGUUGAUAAAACUCUUUAUUCUCAGGUGGAUUUCCAGUUUUAGCUGAGUGGAGAACGUCAAAUUUUUUUGUUUUUGUUCUUUUGAGCAGUUUAUCAGGAGUUGCAUUGUCACAAUAAAUGCUUUACUUUGGGUUUCCACACAUGAUGCAUGAAGUGAAAUAUCAAAAUAACAUUUCUCUGUAUUUGCUAUGUGACAACCAUUAAAAUCUGUUAACAGUC